ACUAUCAUCCAGACAAUAUUAUCUUAGAAUAAACGAGAAUACAGGAGUUGUUAUGUUAGACGUUUAUUUUAUCAGGAAGUUGCACUUCCUAUUUAAUUCCUUUCCAGCUCGCCGGUUCAUUGAAAGUUUUUGACUGUUUGCAGUGAAAUGGUGGAAAAAAUCGGAAGUUACUGGUAGCAGUUAAAGUAAAUAAAGAAUAACUUCAUUAGCAGUAACAAAUCAGGAGCUUUUAUCAACCAUCUUAACAUCUCCAACCAUUCCACCUCCAAGUCUUCUCAAAGGACACAACUGGAUCAAGUAACUGAUGCUUCCAGUGAAGCGCCACAGUGGGAAAUGAUGGACCCCGAGGUGUCUGUGCUGCUGCACUGUGCACACUGGCAUGGGCUGCUCGAGUCUCAAGUACAAGUGGAGCUUUCAGAAAGGUUUAACAGGCAGACAGAUCUGGCUCUGGAGCGUCACAUAGAUGAGGUGUGGACGAAGCGGGUGUCCAAGGAGCCGUGGCUUUUCAACGGGGCAAAAUUCAGGCUGCAUUCUUUCUGCUUAGCAGAUCCACAAAAUCCACCUUCCACUCCUUUGUGCCAUGGCACCAUUUUCCACCACACAGAGGACCAAAACAGUCAAGGACAGAGGGAUUUGGGUGACAUACGUAACAGGUGUACAAGUCAGACAGAAAAUGCUGAGGGUCCCUCCAAUCAUGACUACAGAGAGUUUAAUGGCAUUGCAGACAAACCUCCUCCACACCCUGCACCCCUCCUCAGUCUGAGGCUAGGCCUCACGUGCUACAAGGACUACCUGGGAACAAACUGGUCAUGUGGGGUGGCCAAGCUGCGACAGCGUGGUGAGGCCGAGUUCGGAGAUCCUCUGACGCUGUUGGCUCAGCCUCUAGGUGUGGGUGCCAUACUGUGCACCAGCAAUGGUCAGGUGGUCAUGAUCAGGAGGAGCCAAAAGGUGGCAGAGGCGGGAGGGCUCCUGGAUAUCCCCGGAGGCCACCCAGAGCCAAAGGCUGUGUGUGAGCGUCUAGGACAGAGGGUGUGUGAGGAGCAGAUCAGCAUAGCCAUGAUGGAGAGGAGGCCAGAGGCCAUCGUCUCAGAGCUUUUCUCCUCUGUGUGCGCCGAGAUCAGAGAUGAGGUGAAUAUUCCUCUGAGCUCCCUGGGACCGCCCGUCCUGAUGGGUGUCGCUCUGAAUCACACCAGCGCUGGAAGACCGAGUGCAGAGUUUUACGUCAGUUGCUCCUUAAGUUCUGAUGAAGUGAGAAAGUUGUACUGGAAAGGAGGAGCGGAGGCCAGCGAGUCCACAGAGGUCGUCUUUGUCAGCAGAACGGAAGUUUUGCAGCUGGACAGAAGCAGCCCUCUGUGGUUGGAGCUGUGUCCGUCAGCUAAAGGAGCCAUGCUGCUUUAUCAGACUGUUAAACCUGACGUAGUUCCAGACCGAAGCCGACGAGGCGAUGCCAAGUUGACACCACCACAUGUGCACAAAGAAACAGACUGAUUAAAGUUUGGGGUUUUAUUUACAAUUUAC